CGAGCGUUGCGGUUGGACUUUUUCACUCUGGCUUGGUUUCGGUUAAGUUAUUUUUCGGUUUCGAUUCUACUGCUAAAUAAAAGUGAUUUCACUCGUUAAAUGUUUGAACGGGAAAAAACAAAUAAUACCUUUGCAGUGCGUGAGUUAGUUUAUGGUCAAAAAACCUAAAGCAUUGAUCUAUUUUAUUUGGUGUUGCCUUCUAUCAAGCAUUUGGCUAAGGCCUAUAAUAGAAUUGAUUAAUUUUCAACGACGUUUUGAAGUAGCGAUAUCGGCGGCUUACAAAAUAGCCCUUGCUCCAAUCAGUAUCGGGCACUGCGUUGGAGAUUCCUGACAUGGAGCAUGAAUUUUACUUGGUGGAGACGGAUAGUUUGAAUUUAUUAGACCAAAGAGAAGAAGCUGUAGACGAACAGAACAAUGUUCGACUAUUGUCAGUCAGGCUAAUAUGUGCAAUAAGGUGCCGGAAGUAUCGCUGUUUAGUUAUGUAAUAAACGACGUACAACAGGAAAUAGAGCAGCACGGUAUCAGAGCCCUGAAGCCAAGUAAUUGGAACAUAGAAUCAGACAAUCAAGAACUCGAUACUCAUGUAGAUAGCUUGGACAACACGUUCUUUACGCCAAAUGACCUGCGAGAAUUAUUGAAGCGUACAGACACCGGCAAAGCUAUUUUAAGUAACGCUGAACAUGGAACACUUUCGAAAGACAGCAAAAAAGAACUAUCAGGAAUAAUUGCGGAAAAUCAUAUAAAGCGAAGUGGAGGACGAGGACGCUUUUCAAAAGAUUAUUUGAAAAACUAUUCGAAAUGCAUUGAACUUCUUCUGCCACACGAAAAGCAAGAUAUGAUUACGUAUUAUAUUCCAGCAGCACCACAUGAACGGCGAAAUCCCGGUGGUAGCAUUCAUCAAGCAUAUAAACGAUUGAAAGGGACCAUCAGUAAAAGGCAAGAUAGGGAAUUAGACCAUCAAAGGAAGUUGGGUGGAAAAGAAAACUCAUCUACAUCAGAUAUAAUCGAGCGGGACUCCAAGGUUGACCAGGCACGAAGAUGGUUACAGCUCAACGUCCAUCCGUGGGAUAUUGUAUUAAAAAUGUGGAAGGAAACGUUUUACCUUCGUAUUACCUGCUUAAGAAGCCUGAAGUGUGGCGAUAUUUUUAUAAAAUAUCCCCACUAUAAAGAGGAGCUCGGAUAUCAACUGAUCGAUGAAGAUUACCGUGAUUUGGGAUACAAAGAAAAAAGAGCUAACUGGAAAAAUAUAAUCGACAAAUUAAGGACGUAUUUCCUAUUGAAAGUUCGAAGCCAGAACUCUCUUGUAGUGCUGGAAUUUAUGAAUCGUUCAAAUCAAUCUGAAGAUGCCCUCAUUUGUUGCUUUUUAAUUCUACUCAAUUGUUGUGUAAAACCUAGCAAAAUUACAAAGACCAUGAGACCAGCAAUUCUAACCGCACAGGAAGAUGUGCUAAUGUUUGCUGGUAGUCUGGACUCUGCGCGCGAGUCCAUCAAAACACUUUUUGAAGCUUACGCUGUCCAAAAUAUUACGCCACAUCCCAAAAUAGUCGCCAUUGGAGUUGAUUACACCUCUACGAAAGGAGAGUUCUAUGUGCUUUACGAGGAUAUAGUAUACAAACUGGAUUCAGCGGCUCGAGCCGUAAAUGUCUUGAUUAGGAUGAGCAACAUUUUUAAACUACCGUUUUCAAAAAUUACCAAGCUUGUGUGGUAUACUAUCGAAGAAGUUAUCUAUGACACAAGAGCGCCAGCUCAAUAUAAGCAAAUCGAAGAGAUUAAAGCGAUAUGUCUAUGAAUAACUCUAUUUGUUGCUUCGUCAAAGAUUGCCGAUACAUUUCCACACAAGCUUCGCAAUAUAUAAAACAUUUACAAACUCAUAAUUUAGAGAAACCACUUCGUCUGGUUUGCACGUACAAACAAUGUAAACAAAAAUUUACAACUGUAUACCGCUUUUCAAGACAUAUUUCAACCCAUCUACAAUUAAACGCUGCAGAGCAGCGAUGUGAGCAGGAACAUCGAGAUAAAUCUGUCAUACUCACGAAUGAUAUAUCACCACUGGUAUCAGUUCCAGCAGUACAUUCCCAAAGAGCUUCAACGGUUACCGAGAGCAGUGGGUUUGUUCAAUCGUUACGGGAUAUUGAUCGCAUGGCACUGAAUUUCCUGCUUGAUCUCCACAAACGGCGUAACAUAACACGAAAGGGUGUUCUUGAUGUUCAAUCUAGAGUUAGAGAUUUAAAUAGUCAUCUUGAAGGCCUCAUCCGUUCAGUAAUAUCGUUUCAAACUUUCGACCCGCAAACACGUUAUGUUACUGAUAUCUAUCUACAUAAAAUGUCUACCAUGUUUGAUUUCAUUGAUACAGAGCACAAAUUCUUCAAGUUUCUCACAGAAUCAGAUCUUUUUAAACAGCCAAGAGUUUUUAUCAUUAAGAACAAUAGCAUUAAUGAAGUAGACAAUGACAUUAGUAUCAAAUAUACACAUUUAAUCUUACUGGAUAUAGAGUUUCAAAUCAGGAAAUUUUUUGAAACCGAAAAUGUAUUAAUAGAUAUAAUCACCAACAUCAACAAACUAAUGCAAGUCAGAGAUAAAUAUGUAAAUUUCGUUAGUGGUAUUUUAUAUCAAAGCAAUGUUGAUAAACACCCAGGAAAACUAAUUAUUCCACUAUUUUUCUAUACCGAUGAAUUUGAGAUCAAUGAUCCAUUGAGCUCCCACAACAAAAGGCAUUCGAUUUCUGGUUUAUAUUAUUCAUUUCCAACACUGCCUGAGCACCAACUAAGUAAAUUAAGCAAUGUAUUUAUUGCCGGUGCAAUCAAGAAAGUUGAUAUUUCUGAACAUGGAAUAGAUACGUUUAUGAAGCAUGUAGUAGAUGUGUUCAAAAAAAUCGAAGAAAAUGGAAUUACUAUCCAUACCAGUAACCGAGAAUACAAAAUACACGUUUCGUUGAUGCUUGUUCAAGGAGAUAACCUAGGUAUUCACCAAACAUUACAGUUUGCUGGAUCAUUUUCGGCAAAGUUCUACUGUAGAUUCUGCUGGAGGCCGAGAGAGUUCUUGCAGUGUGAUACGAAAGAAUACGAAGAAUACUUACGAACGAUCGAAAACUAUGAAACAGACGUUGCACUUAAACAGUCAGAGUCUGGUUUAACUGGCAGUUCCGCGUUCAAUGGAAUGACAUCUUCCCACGUAAUAAGAAAUUUUUAUGCGGACUCUAUGCAUGAUCUUUACAGUAUGGGAGUGUGUCAUUAUGGGUUUCUUGAAAUUAUUAACCAUUGUAUUUACACGAAACGUUAUUGUACUCUAGAUGAUAUUAAUAGGAAACGAAAGAUGUUAAACAAUUAUCGGUUUGAGCAAGCCCUGUCUCGCAUGCCAGACUUAGAAGAACAAUUUGUAAAGGCAAGAAAAGGAAAAUGUGUCAGCCUUAGAAUGACGGCUAAUGAAAUGGCUGUAUUUAGUCACAAUUUCACCUUCAUUUUCGGUUCUUUCUUUCCACCAGACGAUGCUGUAUGGAAUUAUGCCACCGUACUAAUAGAAUUAAUCGAUACCAUUAACUUACCCGCUUUCACAAAUGAAAAUUUAGAACGAUUGAACAAUCUUGUUAGUGAGCAUCAUAAACAGUAUAUUACACUAUUUAAUCAACAUCUGAAGCCUAAGCAACAUUUUUGACGCACUAUCCAAGAAUAAUAAGAAAUAGCGGCCCAAUAGGGAAAAUGUCAUGUUUCCGCCAAGAAGCUCGUCACAGAGAUUUCAAGCAAUACUUUGAUGUCAACUCGUCAAGAAAAAAUGUUUGUUUAACUAUGUGCAUUAAAGCUAGUUUAUAUUUUACUCAUGAUGUAGUAAACUCGUCCUUUUCCAAAAGUGUGAUAGACUGUAUUUACGAUGAAUCACUCUGGGGCCAAAAACCGUAUGUAGAUAGUGUUUGUAAUUUUAGCAUUGAUAGGCGUGAAAUUGUUAAAACCGCUCAGUCCAUAACACACAAAAACACAAAGUAUUGCUCGGGAAACUUCGUAGCAGUAAGUCAAGAAUCUAUAGUAGAAUUGUAUCAAAUAUUAGAAUUUCUCAAAUACGAUAAUGAAGACUACGCAUCUGCGUCAAGAUGGAAAGUUCACUGUUUCAACAAACAUUAUCAGGCGUUUGAAAUAGGAGAAAAGCUAGAUGAAAUUUAUGUCAUGGUUAUGAAUAUUUUAGAUGGACCACCUUUUACUAUAGAGCAAAUUGAUAAAAAAGUUAUGUUUCGCAGAAAA